GUUGCAGCCAUGCCGACAACCAACCAAGGCUGGCCAGAGGCGUUUGGCUUCUCUCUGGGUGGCAGCGGGCCCUGCUACGUGCUGUGGGUGCAGGAGGGCAGCAGUGCAGCAGCGGCAGGGCUGCGCCCGGGCGACGAGGUGCUGGAGCUGGAGGGGCAGCCCGUCGCCUCACUGGGCUGCCCGGCGUUGCUGGCAUUAGCCCGGCGCUGCAGCUCCGUGCCCCCCAGCAUCGGUGUGCUGUCCAGGCUGCAGCGUGCAGACCUGCCUCCAGCCCCACACCUGGGCUUGCAGCUGGUGGGCGGCAGCCCCCCUUGCGUGGCCAGUGUGGCCCCUGGCUCUCCUGCUGCCACCUGCGGCAUCGCUCCUGGAGACUUGCUGCUGGAGGUGGAUGGCAGGGACCUCGGCCCCAGCGCUGCUGCUGUGCGCAUGGAGAGGAAGCAGAAAGCGCAAGAGUUCAGCAAAAAGGUGGAUGCCAUCCUGGGGGACCAUCCCGAGCUCAAGGAGCAGGUGUUCGCCGCGCUGAAGCAGUACGCAGCCGAGCGGAGGGUGGAGUGCUUGGCCUGUGCCCUGUGCAUGCUGCUCACCCAGGAGUCCCACCAGCACCUCAUCGACAGCAUCAGGAUUUUCAUCCCCAAAAAACACCGGCAGCGCUUCGAUGAGGUGGUGUCACAGAGCCUGAUCAGCAAGCUGUGCCGCUCCAAGAGUGAACAGCACAGCAACCGCCUGCGGCGCAGCCGGAGCGAGGACCACCAGGAGAGGCUGCUCGUGUCCACCCGUGCCAGCUCUGUGCCCCGCAGCCACGAGGAGCUCAGCAAGAGCCUGCGGAAAACCACCUCGCUCAUCACCAGCAAUGUGGCCUCAGGGGCUGCGCGCAGGACGGUGCGAGUUUAUAAAGGCAACAAAAGCUUUGGCUUCACACUGCGCGGACAUGCACCAGUGUGGAUCGAGUCCGUUCUGCCAGGGAGUCCGGCUGAGAAGGCUGCACUCAAACCUGGAGACCGAAUCCUAUUUCUUAAUGGCCUGGACAUGAGGAACUGCUCUCAUGACAAGGUGGUGUCGAUGCUGCAGGGCAGCGGGGCGAUGCCCACCUUGGUGGUGGAAGAGGGCAUCGUCAAUUUCUCCAGCGACUCUGACUCUGCCGACUCCCCGACCAGCUCCUCUGCGCUCACCUCCCUGCAGUGGGUGGCAGAGAUCCUCCCCUCUAGCAUCAAGAUUCAAGGGAGGACCUUCAACCAGCAGCUGGAGCACCUGCUCACCCCACCUGAGCGCUGUACCAUCUGCAAAGCACUGGAGAGCUUCUUCCAACAUCGGAACAUUGACACUCUUAUUGUGGAUGUGUACCCGGUGCUGGACACACCAGCCAAGCAAGUCAUUUGGCAGUUUAUCUACCAGCUGCUGACGUACGAAGAGCAGGAGCACUGCCAGCAAAAGAUUGCCAGGUUUCUUGGUUACAAGUCCUUGGCAGCUGAGCCCGAGGCAGAGGAACGCUACCGCAGCUCAGUGCGAGGGGCAUCUUUGUGCCGGAGCAGCCUCCGGACCAACCGCCCCGAGGAAGGAGGGGCUGCAGGGCAGAGUGACACCGUGGAGGUCCCGGUUCGCUUGAUCCCCGGAGAGAGGCAGGCUGGCGAUGGCACGUCUCUGCCAGAGACACCCAACCCCAAAAUGAUGUCGGCUGUCUAUGCAGAACUGGAGAACCGCCUGCUGGGCAGCUUCUCCAGCAAGGUGGGCAAUGCUGCCCUGCACCACGCAUCGUCCCCAGCCCCCGACCCGGCGCAUGCUGCAGGUGCCCGCAGAUCGGGGGUGCCCGUCUCAUGGCCAAGCGACCCGCUGGCCGCCCAGCAGUGCUACUACCGCCUGCACAGCAGCCUGCGGUCCCCGAGCAGCACCGAGUCCAAUCCCUACGUCAGCCUGGACAGCAGCCCGGCCCCGUCCCCCCAGCACCGGCCCUACCCACUCAGCCCGCUGUCGCGGCGCAAGAAGCUCUUCACCUUCUCCAGGCCGCCACGCAGCCGUGACACCGACCGCUUCCUGGAUGCUCUCAGCGAGCAGCUGGGACACCGUGUGACCAUCGUGGAUGAUUUCCUCACCCCCGAGAAUGACUACGAGGAGAUGAGCUUCCACGAUGACCAGGGCAGCUAUGUCACCAACGACGUCAGCAGCAGCGAGUACAUCAGCAGCAGUGAUGAGGGCAGCUCCCUCACCUACUCCACGCUGUCGGACCACAUCCCCCCACCUCCGCUCAGCCCCCCGCCCCCGCCGCCCCCCCCUCAGUCCCAGGACCCCCAACCUGUCCCUGCCAAGGCCGAGCCCCCCAAGGCCAGCACCUCUUCUGCCCCCAAGCCCCUGGUGAGCCACCUGCACCCCGUUCCGCCUCCGCCUCCCCCCCCCGCCCCCCCACCUGUACCCUGUGCUCCCCCCCUGCACCGGGGGCUGCUGCACCGCCGGAGUGAGACCAACCACAUGAGUGUCAAGAGGCUGCGGUGGGAGCAGGUGGAGAACUCGGAGGGGACCAUCUGGGGACAGCUCGGGGAGGACUCGGACUAUGACAAGCUGAGCGACAUGGUCAAAUACCUCGACCUGGAGCUUCAUUUCGGGACGCAGAAGCCAACCAAGCCAACUUUCAUGCCUGAAACAUUUAAAAAGAAAGACGUGGUUGAAAUUUUGUCCCACAAAAAGGCCUACAACACAUCCAUCCUGAUCGCCCACCUGAAGCUCUCACACAUGGAACUGCGUCAGAUCCUCAUGACGAUGGAGACGGACCGCCUGGAGCCUUCCCACAUCAAGCAGCUCCUGCUGUACGCCCCGGAUGGGGAAGAGGUGCAGCGCUUCCAGAGCUACAAGGAGAACCCCGGCAAGCUGAGCGAGCCUGACCAGUUCGUGCUGCAGAUGCUGUCAGUACCAGAGUACAAGAUCCGACUGCGCAGCCUUCACUUUAAGACCACUCUGCAGGAGAAGACGGAGGAGAUCAAAGCGAGCUAUGAAUGUAUUUGCAAGGCCUCUCUGGAGCUGAAAAGUAGCAAGAAGCUGGCAAAGAUCCUGGAGUUUGUGCUGGCCAUGGGAAACUACCUGAACAACGGGCAGCCCAAGACCAGCAAAACGACAGGCUUCAAAAUCAACUUCCUCACAGAGCUGAACACAACCAAGACCGUUGAUGGGAAAUCCACCUUCCUGCACAUCCUUGCCAAAUCUCUCAGCCAACACUUCCCAGAGCUUCUGGGCUUUGCCAAGGAUCUUCCCACAGUGCCGCUCGCUGCCAAAGUGAACCAGAGAACACUGACAGCCGACCUGAAGGACCUUCACACCACUGUCACUGACAUCCAGAUGGCCUGCCACAGCAUGCCAGCCACCGCCGAGGACCGAUUUGCUAUCGUGAUGACCUCCUUCCUGGAGAGCGCGCAGCCCGCCAUGCGCUCACUGGACGACCUGCAGCACAGGGCCAUGGAGGAGUUCAGCAAGGUGCUGUCUUUCUUUGGGGAAGACUCCAAAAUGACAACUUCAGAAGCUUUCUUCGGCAUUUUUGCAGAAUUCAUGAGCAAGUUUGAGCGGGCGCUCACGGAUGUGCAGGUUGGAGACAGCCAGCGCAGCCCCAGGAUGACAUCCCCCCUUGCCUGGUGA